UUUUUUUUUUUUUUGAGAAAGGGGAAUUUCGUUCCAAAUAAAAGGAAUGAAGUCUAGCUCCGGAGGAGGGUCCCCGACCUCGCUGUGGGGACUGCUGUUUCUCUCCACCGUGCUCGUGCUCUGGCCGACGAGUGGAGAAAUCUGUGGGCCGGGCAUCGACAUCCGCAAUGACUUCCAUCAGCUGAGGCGCCUGGAGAACUGCACGGUGAUCGAGGGUUACCUGCACAUCCUGCUCAUCUCCAAGGCUGAGGACUACCGCAGCUACCGCUUCCCCAAGCUGACGGUCAUCACCGAGUACUUGCUGCUGUUCCGAGUGGUUGGCCUCGAGAGCCUCGGAGACCUCUUCCCCAACCUCACGGUCAUCCGCGGCUGGAAACUCUUCUACAACUACGCCCUGGUCAUCUUCGAGAUGACCAGUCUUAAGGAUAUUGGGCUUUACAACCUGAGGAACAUUACUCGGGGGGCCAUCAGGAUUGAGAAAAAUGCUGACCUCUGUUACCUCUCCACUGUGGACUGGUCCCUGAUCCUGGAUGCAGUGUCCAAUAACUACAUUGUGGGGAAUAAGCCCCCAAAGGAAUGUGGGGACGUGUGUCCAGGGGCCAUGGAGGAGAACCCAAUGUGCGAGAAGACCGCCAUCAACAACGAGUACAACUUCCGCUGCUGGACCACAAACCGCUGCCAGAAAAUGUGUCCGAGUGCAUGUGGGAAGCGGGCGUGCACCGACAACAAUGAGUGCUGUCACCCCGAGUGCCUGGGCAGCUGCAGCGCGCCUGACAACGACACAGCCUGUGUGGCUUGCCUCCACUACUACCACGCCGGUAUCUGCGUGCCCGCCUGCCCGCCCAACACCUACAGGUUUGAGGGCUGGCGCUGUGUGGACCGUCAGUUCUGUGCCAGCAUCGUCAGCUCCGAGAACUCGGAGAACAACAAGUUUGUGAUCCACGACGGCGAGUGCAUGCAGGAUUGCCCCUCGGGCUUCAUCCGCGACACCACCCAUAGCAUGCAGUGCAUCCCUUGUAAAGGUCCUUGCCCCAAGGUCUGUGACGAACAGAUGGCAAAGUCCAUUGAUUCUGUUACUUCUGCUCAGAUGCUUCAAGGAUGUACCAUCUUCAAGGGCAAUUUGCUCAUUAACAUCCGACGAGGGAAUAACAUUGCUUCAGAACUGGAGAACUUCAUGGGACUCAUCGAGGUGGUGACGGGCUACGUGAAGAUCCGCCAUUCCCAUGCCUUGGUCUCCUUGUCCUUCCUAAAAAACCUUCGCCUCAUCUUAGGAGAGGACCAGCUAGAAGGGAAUUACUCCUUCUAUGUCCUCGACAACCAGAAUUUGCAGCAACUAUGGGACUGGGACCACCAGAACCUGACCAUCCGUUCAGGGAAGAUGUACUUUGCUUUCAAUCCCAAAUUAUGUGUUUCCGAAAUUUACCGCAUGGAAGAAGUGACGGGGACUAAAGGGCGCCAAAACAAAGGGGACAUAAACACCAGGAACAAUGGAGAGAGAGCCUCCUGUGAAAGUGAUGUCCUGCAUUUCACCUCCACCACCACGUGGAAGAAUCGCGUCAUCAUAACCUGGCACCGGUACCGGCCCCCGGACUAUAGGGAUCUCAUCAGUUUCACUGUCUUCUACAAGGAAGCACCCUUUAAGAAUGUCACAGAGUAUGAUGGGCAGGACGCCUGUGGCUCCAACAGCUGGAACAUGGUGGAUGUAGACCUCCCCCAGAACAAGGACGUGGAGCCCGGUGUCUUACUGCAUGGGCUGAAGCCGUGGACUCAGUACGCUGUUUAUGUCAAGGCUGUAACCCUCACCAUGGUGGAGAACGACCAUAUCCGUGGGGCCAAGAGUGAGAUCUUGUACAUUCGCACCAAUGCUUCAGUUCCUUCCAUUCCCUUGGACGUGCUUUCAGCAUCGAACUCGUCUUCUCAGUUAAUUGUGAAGUGGAACCCUCCCUCUCUGCCCAACGGCAACCUGAGUUACUACAUCGUGCGCUGGCAGCAGCAGCCUCAGGACAGCUACCUUUACCGGCACAAUUACUGCUCCAAAGACAAAAUCCCCAUCAGGAAGUAUGCUGGCGGCUCCAUUGACGUUGAGGAGGUCACAGAGAACCCCAAGACUGAGGUGUGUGGCACAGAGAAAGGGCCUUGCUGUGCCUGCCCCAAAACCGAAGCUGAGAAGCAGGCGGAGAAGGAGGAGGCCGAGUACCGCAAGGUCUUUGAGAAUUUCCUGCACAACUCCAUCUUCGUGCCCAGACCUGACAGGAAGCGGAGAGAUGUCAUCCAGGUAUCCAACAGCAGCACGUCCAGCCGGAGCAGGAACACCACAGCCGUUGACACCUACAACAUCACAGACCUGGACGAGCUCGAGACGGAGUACCCUUUCUUUGAGAGCAGAGUGGAUAACAGGGAGAGAACUGUCAUUUCUAACCUUCGGCCUUUCACACUGUACCGCAUCGAUAUCCACAGCUGCAACCACGAGGCUGAGAGGCUGGGUUGCAGCGCCUCCAACUUUGUCUUUGCAAGGACAAUGCCUGCAGACGGAGCAGAUGAUAUUCCUGGGCCAGUGACCUGGGAGCCAAGGCCUGAAAACUCCAUCUUUUUAAAGUGGCCAGAACCUGAGAAUCCCAAUGGAUUGAUCCUAAUGUAUGAAAUAAAGUACGGAGCACAAGUCGAGGAUCAGCGAGAAUGUGUGUCCAGACAGGACUACAGGAAGUAUGGAGGGGCCAAGCUAAACCGGCUAAACCCAGGGAACUACACAGCCCGGAUUCAGGCCACAUCUCUCUCUGGGAAUGGGUCGUGGACAGAGCCUGUGUUCUUCUACGUCCAGGCCAAAACGGGAUAUGAAAACUUCAUCCAUCUGAUCAUCGCUCUGCCUGUCGCCGUCCUGUUGAUCGUGGGAGGGUUGGUGAUUAUGCUGUACGUCUUCCAUAGAAAGAGAAGUAACAGCAGGCUGGGGAAUGGAGUCCUGUAUGCCUCUGUGAACCCGGAGUACUUCAGUGCUGCGGAUGUGUACAUUCCUGAUGAGUGGGAGGUGGCUCGGGAGAAGAUCACCAUGAGCCGGGAGCUUGGGCAGGGGUCGUUUGGGAUGGUGUAUGAAGGAGUUGCCAAGGGUGUGGUGAAAGAUGAACCCGAAACCAGAGUGGCCAUUAAAACGGUGAACGAGGCCGCAAGCAUGCGUGAGAGGAUCGAGUUUCUCAACGAGGCUUCUGUGAUGAAGGAGUUCAAUUGUCACCAUGUGGUGCGGUUGCUAGGUGUGGUGUCCCAGGGCCAGCCAACACUGGUCAUCAUGGAACUGAUGACACGGGGUGAUCUCAAGAGUUAUCUCCGGUCUCUGAGGCCAGAAACGGAGAAUAAUCCAGUCCUAGCGCCUCCAAGCCUAAGCAAGAUGAUUCAGAUGUCUGGAGAGAUUGCAGACGGUAUGGCAUACCUCAACGCCAACAAGUUCGUCCACAGAGACCUGGCCGCCCGGAAUUGCAUGGUUGCCGAAGAUUUCACGGUCAAAAUCGGAGAUUUUGGUAUGACACGAGAUAUCUAUGAGACAGACUAUUACCGGAAAGGAGGGAAGGGGCUGCUGCCCGUGCGCUGGAUGUCUCCCGAGUCCCUCAAGGAUGGAGUCUUCACCACUCACUCGGAUGUCUGGUCCUUCGGGGUUGUGCUCUGGGAGAUUGCCACGCUGGCCGAGCAGCCGUACCAGGGCUUGUCCAAUGAGCAAGUCCUUCGCUUCGUGAUGGAGGGCGGCCUCCUGGACAAACCAGACAACUGCCCCGACAUGCUGUUUGAACUGAUGGGCAUGUGCUGGCAGUACAACCCCAAGAUGAGGCCUUCCUUCCUGGAGAUCAUCAGCAGCAUCAAAGAUGAGAUGGAGCCUGGCUUUCGGGAGGUCUCCUUCUACUACAGCGAGGAGAACAAGCCGCCCGAGCCAGAAGAGCUAGACCUGGAGCCGGAGAACAUGGAGAGUGUCCCUCUGGACCCCUCAGCCUCCUCGGCGUCCCUGCCACUGCCCGACAGACGCUCCGGGCACAAGGCUGAGAACAGCCCCAGUCCUGGAGUGCUUGUCCUCCGCGCCAGCUUCGACGAGAGGCAGCCUUUCGCACACAUGAACGGGGGCCGCAAGAACGAGCGGGCCUUGCCGCUGCCCCAGUCUUCGACCUGCUGAGGAUCCCAAGUCCGUGCAAACAGUAACACAUGUGCACGCUCAGCGGGGUGUGGGGAGAGAGAGCAAGUUUCAACAAUCUAUUCAUAAGGCUCCUGUACCUCAGUGGAUCUUCAGAACUGCCAUUGCUGCCCACAGGAGACAGCUUCUCUGCAGUAAACACAUUUGGGAUGUUCCUUUUUUCAAUAUGCAAGCAGCUUUUUAUUCCCUACCCAAACCCUUAACUGACAUGGGCCUUUAAGAACCUUAACGACAACACUUAAUAGCAACAGAGCACUUGAGAACCAGUCUCCUCACUCUGUCCCUGUCCUUCCUCUUCUCUCUCUCUCCCUUUUGCUCUCUCACUUUUCUCUCUCUGCUUCAUAAUGGAAAAAUGAUUGCCGCAAGUCCAGCCAGGACGCCCUUUUUAUCAGUUUGAGGAAGUGGCUGUCCCUGUGACCCCCAUGCAGCCCCUGUACACACCGCCCGCCACCGUAGGUCAUUACAAAAAAACACGUUGAGAUGGAAAUUUUUACCUUAAUCUUUCCCUUUUUAGGGACCUGAAAUUUACAAAGGGCCAUUGUUCAUGCAAGGCUGUUACCAUUUUAACGCUGCCAAAUUUUGCCAAAAUCCUGAACUCUCCCCUCACCGUCCCUGCGCUGAUUCCUUGUGUCCUGAGGCAUGGGUGAGCAUGGCAUCUGAUUGCUUCGUCUGAGAGACACGCUGGCGACACGCUCUGACUGCCCUGCCAUGCUGCUCAAUGCCACUUGCACACAUUAUUUGGGGGAACUGGACACAGGGGGACUUUUGCUCAGUGAAGAUUGGGAGAAGCUGAACCAGCUUCCCUGCCCCAACCCCCAAGAAUCUGGAGGCAAUGGGGCCUGGGCAGCCUGGAAGACAGGCUUUGAGUCAAGGUGGCCCCAUGCCUGCUCCUUUCCCAGCCCCAGCUCCCCCCACCCGCCCCCAAGUACACAAAUGGGAACGGGUUUCCAGGGACUCAGCCAAACUGUUCAUGCAGGCUUGCAAGGAAGGAAAUUCAAACACCACAACAGCAGUAAGAAGAAAAGCAGUCAAUGGAUUCAAGCAUUCUAAGCUUUGUUGACAUUUUCUCUGUUCCUAGGACUUCUUCAUGGGUCUUACAGUUCUAUGUUAGACCAUGAAACAUUUGCAUACACAUCGUCUUUAAUGUCACUUUUAUAACUUUUUUACGGUUCAGAUAUUCAUCUAUACGUCUGUACAGAAAACAAGCUGCUAUUUUUUUUGUUCCUGAUCUUUGUGGAUUUAAUCUAUGAAAACCUUCAGGUCCACCCUCUCCCCUUUCUGCUCACUCCAAGAAACUUCUUAUGCUUUGUACUAGAGUGCGUGACUUUCUUCCUCUUUUCCCGGUAAUUGAUAAUUCUACAACAUAAUUUGCCAUGAACUGUUUGAUGCCUUUUUAUAAAUACAUCCCCCCUCUUCCCUCCCACCUGCCCCUUUAGUUGUUUUCUAACCCGUAGGCUCUGUGGGCACGAGGCGGAAAGAGGGCCGGGCACCCGCCCUGAGAGGGCCACACUCCUCCCCCCAGCCCGCCCUCACAGCACUGGAGUCUGUUACAGUGCAAGACAUAAUACAAACUCAGGUCAGAAAAACAAAGGUUAAAUCCUUCACACGUCUUUGUUCAGUGUUUCCACUCACCACGGUCGAGAAGCUUCACCCUCUCUUUCCCUUGCCUCUGUUUAGGUUGUGACACACAUAUCUCUAUUUUUUUAAUUCUUGGGUACAACAGCAGUGUUAACUGCAGACACUAGGCAUUUGGAUUCCUAUUUUUUUUAAAUGGCUAUUGAAUCCUUUCAUCCCACGAAAAACAGCUGCUGACUCCAAGGCAGCAGCCAAGUGUGGUCCAGCAGGCCCUGCUGUGGCCCCUGCCACCACCCUCACCAGGCCGACCGAACUGUCUUGGGAACCAGAACACCCCAAGGGACCUCCUUCAUGCUGGCGGCGAGCGGGACCCUGGGAUCCAGGCUGGCCCAGGGCGGCAUCCUCAGGGGUGUGCCGGCCAGAGGAGCUCCAGGUUGGGGCAGAACAGAUGCCACAGUGGCCCAAGAGCCCCUUGGCUCCCUGCCGGGGGAACAGGGCUGUGGUGCUGGCCCACUUUCCCUCAGCCGGGAAUCCAGGUCCUCAGGGACCAGGGGUCUUGCUUUGUUUCAUUUAUAGCACUUCUCACCAGAGAGGUGACAGCACAAGAGUUGCUUCUGGGAUGGGAAUGUUUAAAUUAGGAGUAAGAACAGAGUUGAGAUACGGCGAUUGCUAGUUGUGACUGAAGAUAAAACACAAAGAGUCUGUAGUGCUUUUUUGCUUGUCAGCAGUUUGUCUCACUGCUUUCUCUAGCCUCUACCCCAUAGCAUGUUCCCUUAAAAAAAAAAAAAAAAAAAUUAGGAAGGUACUAUAUGUAGGGGUUUUCUUUUUAAUUUAUCUUGUGAUAGCAGUUUCAAUCACUGUAGAGAAGCCCCAUUAUGAAUUUAAAUCCCAAGGAAAGGAUGUGUGUGUGCGCGCGCGCGUGUGUGUGAUGGGACAGUUUUUGAUUUUUUGGGUUUUUUUCCCCCCAAACAUGUAUCUACUCUACCUCACUCUUGUUUUUUAUAUGUGUAUAUAAAAGAAUACAUCUCACGUUUCUCAGUACCUGACAACAGGCCGUUGAUACUGGUAACCUCAUCCACGCCACAGGCUCCACACCAGGUGCAGGGAGAAGCCAGGCCGAAUUCCGGGGUCAAAGCAACACUAACUCACCUCGGCUUAUUUCAGACAGCUUGUCUUAUUCUGAGAUGUCUUGUUUUGUGUUGCUUUUUUUCUUUUUCUAUCUUGGUUUUCACCAAGGUGUUAGGAUUCUCCUCCUCCUAGCUGGGUGGCCCCAUGAGGCCAAGGAGGGCCCCAGAGCACACCUGGGGGGCCACCAGGCUGUCCCUGGCUGACUGUCUUUGGAACAAACUGCUUCCAUGCAGAUCAAAUGACCAACACACUUCAUCCUUAAGAGAGCAAUUGUUCCGCAGGGUCUGAGGUCAGGAAGGCGUCCAGGCAGCACAGUCUGUGAGAAUCCUGUGGGGAAAAGCGCGGAGCAUUGGGUUUGCCCCCCUCGCUGCUGCUGCUGCUGCUGCUGUUGCUGUUGCUGUUGCAGCCCUGGAGGAGGCCUGCACUGAGGCAGGGAGGUGCUGCCAUGAUUGCUGUAUUCCUUCAGUACAAAGGUGCAGCCGCAGCAGCAGCUGAAGAGCGAGGUCCACCCAGCCUGCACUCCAGAAUGCAGAGGUUCCUGACCUCACAGCCUGUCCCUGAUAGAACACACGCAGUAGCAGAGUGCCCUCCCCCUGCAGGCUGCCCUCUCAGCUUCUCCUUCACCUCCUCCUCCCCUAGGGGUAGAAAGAGAUGUACCAAACCUUCAGGCUGGAGAGGCCAGUGGUCGGCGCUGAGCCUCCAUGAGCGUCGCACCUCCUGCCUGGGCUGUACCUGUCUGUCUAUCUCUGGUUCUGCUGCUCACAGGACAGACAGUUCACUCCCCACUCCCAGCAGCUGCUCUUACAGGCACUGAUGAUUUAGCUGGGAAACGUGGUGGGCAGCUUCCCACAAGUACAGCUGGCUCCUCUGCAAUCCCAGUACUGACUUAAUUCGCUCAGGAGCCAUUUCCCUCCUGCCGGAACGCGGCCCGCCUCUCCCAAGACCCCAGGGAUCUUAAGGUCUUUGAGAAACACUGUUUGAUCAGGGUUUUCUUCUUCCACACUGUAGGUGACCCCUCAGAAUUAUGGCCUCUCCUCUCAUUUGCACAUACCUACCGGUUUCCACAACUGGAUUUCUACAGAUCAUUCAGCUGGUUAAAAGGGUUUUGUUUAAACUGUCCAAGCAAUGUCAUUUUGUUUUUAUGUAGGUGGCUUUUAAGUAGAAAGAAAACACUAACAGUGUAGUGCCCAUCAUAACAAAUGCUUCAGAAACACUUCAAUAAAAGAGAAAACUUGGCUUGUGUGACGGUGCAGUCAUUUUACUGGACCAACCCACUCACCUUGACCUAUAUGAAGGCGGCAUCUGUCCUCAGUUCUAGCCUAAUUUCACACUGAUUUUUCCACCUCUUCUUGAUUUUUCUCUCUCGUAUGUUCCAAAUAAUCUUACCAAACUGAGUUGUGGCAUUUUCCAUGCAACCUCCUCCUGCCAGCAGCUCACACUGCUUGAAGUCACGUGAACCACUGAGGCACAUCAUGGAAUUGAUGUGAGCAUUAAGACAUUCUCCGCACAGCCCUUCCCUGAGGCAGCAGGAGCUGCUGUGGACUGGAGACAUUGUUGAACUUGAACUGUGUGAGACCCAGACCACCCCAGGUCUCCUUCGUGGGAUGUCAUUAUGUUUGACAUACCAUUGGAAUGAGCCUCCUCCUUGAAAGAUGGAAGACCGUGUUCCUGGCUGACCUGGCCUCCUUCCGGCCUGUUUCUUAAGAUGCGGAACCACAUUUCAAUGGUAGGAAAAGUGGCUUCAUAAAAUAGAAGAGCGGUCACUGUGGAACUGCCAAAUGGCACGAGGCUCAGUGCAAGUGGGUGUGCUUUGGGAUAAAAGAUUUAUGAGCUGACUAUUCUGUGGCAUCAGGUUCUAGGCCUGUUUGUUCCACUGAAGCCUCUCCCAUAGUAGCCCUCCUCUGCAGGCUGAUGGCCGGACAGCUUGCAAGUGGCUCUGUGGCAAGAGCACACUGAGGUCAGAUGGGUGAGAAGGCUGGGAUGCUUGUCCAGUGUCCUCAGCUAUCACUGUUGAUUCCUCCCAGAGUGGCCAGAUGGCAUUGGUCGCCACUCCCUCCCAGUGACAGUGACCCGCUGUGGCAUACCUUGGCCCAUUCCAGCAGUCCUAGUUAUGCAUUUAACAUUCGGGGUUUGUUCUUUUUGUUAAUGUUACUCUGUGUUGUCAGCUGUCUUUUCAUUUCCUGGGCUAAGCAGCAUUGGGAGAUGUGGACCAGAGAUCCACUCCUUACAAACCCGUGAUGAAAGUUACUCUUUCAUACUCCACUCUGAAGUAGCUGGUGGUACAAAUGAGAACUUCAAGAGAGGAUGUUACUUAGACUGAACCUCUGUUGCCAGAGAUGCUGAAGAUACAGACCUCGGACAGGUCAGAGGGUUUCGUUUUCGGCCUUCAUCUUGGAUGACUGGUUGGUCAUUUGGAGAAGUGAGUGCCCCUUGAUGGUGGGAUGAUCAGGUGGUAGGUAGGAAACCAUUGUCAGAGGGGUCCUGGCACAGAGAGAAGAAUCACAAGCAGCAGGUGUGGGGCUUGGAAGAAAUGUGGGCAAUGUUUUGAACUUGAUGGUUUCUGAAGCUAUCAGACCACAUCAAGGCUCAGCCGUCAUCCAUGGGCAUUUGGUUUCAACAAAGAAACCUAACAUCCUGCUCUGGAAACUGAUCUCAGAGUUAAGUGGAAUUGUUCAAGAAUACGAACUACAUCGCACUUGUCAAUUGUAGUUCCGGGGCAUGUCUUUAGGGUUUUAUUUUUUUUCUGCAAGAGCAUAAAUGAUCACUCAUUUGUAUGUCCAUGUUUGUGUGUCUGCAUCUUCCUGGUCAACAUUGUUUUAACUAGUCACUCAUUAGCCUUUUCAAUAGGGCUCUUAAGUCCAGUAGAUUACGGGUAGUCAGUUGACGAAGAUCUGGUUUACAAGAACUAAUUACAUGUUUCAUUGCAUUUUUGUAAGAACACAGAAUAAUUUUAUAAAACGUUUGUAGUUUAUAAUUGCCGAAAAUAAUUUAAAGACACUUUUUUUCCUCUGUGUUUGCAAAUGUAUGUUUGUGAUCCAUUUUUUUUUUUUAGGACACCUGUUUCCUAGGUAGCUUUACAAUAUGCCAAAAAAAGGAUUUUUCCCUUACCCGGGCCGUGGUUCACCCUCUUUUCCCCCCAGCGCUUUGUGCCCUAGUUUAUAACAAAGAAAUGAUGAUCAUUUAAAAAGUAGUUCUGUAUCUUCAGUAUCUUGGUCUUCCAGAACCCUCUGGUUGGGAAGGGGAUCAUUUUUUACUGGUCAUUUCCCUUUGGACUGUAGCAGCUUCAACAGAAAGAACCUCAUUGGCCAUGGAAACAGCAGGGUGUUACAGCCCAGCGGUGCAUGGCACCGUUCAGCAUCUGGUUGGGUUGGUCUGGCUGCUGUCAUUGUCAUGCAGUGCCAUGGAGAUGGGAAGAUUUGACCGCAGAGAUGAUGGUUUUGACGAUGAUCACAGCAUGCAGGGUGAUCACAUGAAAGAUGACAGCUUCGAGGCAUGCAGGCCAUUUGCUUACAUGCCUCGUAUCAUGAUUAAUGCUUUGUUAGAACACGGAAGAGACCCUAUUUGAGGCAGAACACCGAAGACACAUAUUUCUUAUACAGAUUUUAAAAAAUGCUUUUUAAUAAGAACUACAGCAUAGACAAAAAUUGGUUUGAAGGUUUGACUCCACGUCCUCUCACCCCCAGGGGAUUGUUGGCCAUGUCUACCCAACUCCACAAUACCUCCAUUGUGGGAAUCACCUAGGGUUUCUGCACUACACAGGAGAAAGAUCCGGAAACUCUUUGGGUUUUGUCUUCAACUUUUCAUUUGGAUGUUUGGCGUUGCACACGCACACCCACAGGUGGAAGAGGUGCCUGGGAAAACACCUGUCUGCUUUCUAAGCCAGUGAGGUUGAGGUGAGAGGUUUGCCAGAGUUUGUCUACCUCUGGGUACCCCUUUGGGAGACAAAAAAAUCAAACCAGAAGGCGGGAUGGAAUGGAUGCACCACAAACAAUGCAUUUUUUGAAUUUUCUUGUUUAAAAACAGUUUUUUUAAAAAAAGUUAAAGGUAAUAACAUGGCCAAUUUGUUACAUAAGAUGACUUUCUGUGUAUAAAUUAUUCCUUAAAAAUCCUGUUUAUAUAAAAAAAUCAGUAGAUGAAAAAAAUUUCAAAAUGUUUUUGUAUGUUCUGUUGUAAGACUUUAUUCCUGUUAUUGCGAUAUACUCUGGAUUCUUUACAUUAUGAAAAAAAGAAACUUUGUCUAUUUUGAAUGGCCGAAGCUAAGGCAAUGUUAGUUUCUCUUACUCUGCUUUUUUCUAGUAAAGUACUACAUGGUUUAAGUUAAAUAAAAUAAUUCUGUAUGCA